GUAUGUGUGUAUAUAUAUGCCUCAGUGCCUAGUUACCACCGCUCAAAACAAAACCUCAUUCACUUCCAAAUAUUCAUUGCCCAAAGAUGCUAGCCAAACCCCACCAUUUUAUUCCAACGUGCUUCUCUUCACCAACAAAGUUACCGGCGGUGGUGCACCGAGUGCCAUCACAAGUCAAAAUAGCACCUCCACACGCCAUAUCCAUUCCCACAUCAAAUAAUACCCAUGCUUCAAGCCCUUCAAUCCUAGAUCAUGCUGCUGAUGACUCCGUGGCCGCAUAUUGGGACUACCAAUUCCUAUUUGUGUCACAGCGCUUUGAGACAACCAAACCGAUCACUCUUUGCGUUGUGGACGGUGCAAUACCCCAUGACUUUCCCUCCGGUACGUAUUACUUGACCGGACCAGGGCUGUUCACCGAUGACCAUGGCUCAACAGUUCACCCACUAGAUGGUCAUGGCUACCUUAGGGCUUUCACUUUUGAUGGGGUAUGCAGAGAGGUUAAAUUCAUGGCUAGGUAUGUUAGAACUCAAGCUCAAGCGGAGGAGUAUGAUCCUGCAACUGACACGUGGCGUUUCACCCAUCGAGGACCAUUUUCAGUGCUGAAAGGGGGACAGAAGGUUGGGAAUACGAAGGUGAUGAAGAACGUGGCUAAUACAAGUGUGCUGCGGUGGGGAGGGAGGCUAUUGUGUUUGUGGGAAGGUGGAGAGCCAUAUGAGAUUGAAUCAGAGACGUUGGAUACAAUUGGGAGGCUCGAUGUGAUUGAUGGUUGUGAUUCGCCGCCGCAUAGUGGGAAGAAUAGCGGUGGUAUAUGGGAUGUAGCUGCCGGCCUUUUGAAGCCAAUUUUGUAUGGAGUGUUUAAAAUGCCACCAAAGCGACUGUUGUCUCAUUACAAGGUCGAUGCUCGCAUGAACAGACUCCUUACGGCGUCAUGCAAUGCAGAGGACAUGCUACUUCCGCGCAGUUCCUUCUCAUUUUACGAAUUUGAUUCAAAUUUCAAGUUGCUGAUGAAGCAAGAGUUCAAUAUCCCUGAUCACUUGAUGAUCCAUGAUUGGGCCUUCACGGAAACUCAUUAUAUACUAUUUGCUAAUCGCAUCAAGCUUGAUCUUGCAGGUUCAAUGGCAGCAGUGUGUGGGAUAUCUCCUAUGAUAUCGGCGUUAUCGGUGAAUCCUAGUAAGCCCACAACUCCCAUAUAUUUACUUCCUCGAUUUCCAGAUAAAUGUGGUAGAAGUCGAGAUUGGAGAGUGCCUGUUGAAGCUCCUUCACAGUUUUGGUUGCUACAUGUUGGCAAUGCUUUUGAGGUUAAGGAUGUCAAUGGGGAUUCAGAGAUCCAAAUACUGGCAGCCACUUGUUCUUACCAGUGGUUCAACUUUCAAAAACUAUUUGGAUAUAAUUGGCAAAAUGGUAAGCUAGACCCUUCUGCUAUGAAUGUCAACGGAGGUGAAAAUGAGCCGAUGGCACGUCUUGUUCAGGUAUUCAUUCAACUGGAUACCAAUGGGAACAUAAAAAGAUGUAGUGUGGAGCCUUUGAAUCAGAGGAAAGACUCGUCAGAUUUUCCUGCUAUUAACCCAGUCUUUUCUGGGAGCAGGAACAAGUACAUUUAUGCAGCAUCUUCUUCUGGGUCUCGCACAACAUUGCCGCACUUUCCCUUUGAUACCGUGGUGAGGCUGAACCUGUGCAGCAAAUCUACCCAUACAUGGUCUGUCGGUAAUCGGAGAUUCAUUGGCGAGCCUAUUUUUGUCCCUAAAGGAGAUGAAGAAGACGAUGGAUACCUUCUUGUGGUUGAGUAUGCCGUUUCAGUACAAAGGUGCUAUCUUGUAAUUCUCGAUCCUAAGAGGAUUGGGGAAGACAAUGCACUCGUAGCAAGACUUGAAGUCCCCAAACACCUGAAUUUCCCUCUCGGUUUUCAUGGUUUUUGGGCUGCUGACAAUUAAUUAGUUUUUGAUAUUAUUAAGAUUCUGGGAUCUCUGUAUAUAUUUUUGGAUUCUUGUAAUGUUAAGUUGCUUCUUUUUGCUAGCCCGAAUUCAAUAUCAACUAGCUCAGAGAAAAUAAUAUUUUCCAUU